CUGCCAACACUAAAGCGCCAAUGACCGUCGUCUGCUAGAUUUGACAAUUAUGUUUUUAAUAAAUUAAAAAUAUAAUUUUUUUACGUGUUGAUCUUAAAAAUAUUUUAAAAUAUUAAUAAUUCUUUUUUUAUAAUGAUUUACAUUAAGUAUUAAUUAGAAAAAUAUUAUUUUAUAUGAAAUAUCGAAAUGUAAUGAUGUUGUCGUCUGCUUGAUUGACAGCUGCGCAGGUUUAGAAAUCAGCGCCGAAGUAGUAAAAGAUACGAGUAUUUAGAUUUGUGAUAAUUUCAUCCGAAAUAGGAACAAAUUAUUAUUAAAAUGAUAAUUUUAACAAAGUUUGUAUUGAAUUUUUGAAAAUAUAACAUACAUGUUAUAUAUUUUAUUUUAUUUUUAUUUAAAUAUGGAGGCGGAAGUUAGAGUUAAUCAUCGUUUUUCAAGUAUUUUCAAUCACAAUGCAGUUUGUUAUGAAUUUUAGUGCGAAUGACGUGUCAAUGCAUAGUCAAUGUGAGACUCAAAGUCAAAGUGAAUUUCGUAAUAAUAUAAGAGAAGUAUAUAUAAGUGGAAUCUAAUUAACCUGAUCUUUAAUGAGCACAAUGCUUUUUUAUCAAAUUUAGUUUACAGCACAAUAUUGAAAAAUUUAAUUAUAGUUCCUUCGAUUAAUUAUGAAAGAAUAUAUGUUUGUGUAAAGAAAAUGAAUGUUAUAUCUAUAAAAAAAAAUCAAGAAGUGGGAACUAAAUUGUCAUUCUAAAUAUCAUAUUUACAAAUAUGCAUUAUUUAUAUUUACUAUAUUUAUUCUUCAUAAAUAAUUCACUAUAUGAAAGUCUUAAAUUUAUUAAUAUUUGAAGUGCAAUUAUUUAUUAAAAUAACAUUAUAUGUAUUUCUUUAAAUAUGAGAAGUAUAAUGGUAAUAUAUUAAUAUGAUAAAAGUAUUAUAGAUGUUAACAAGAUAAAUGUCUUGUUUUAAGAUUCUAGUCUAUAUUGUACAAUAAAAUAUAUAUUAUUCUUAAUAUAAUUGCACAUUAUUCAUAUAAAAGCUACAUACGUACAAGUACUUAUCUAUAAUUAAUAAUCAUAAAUAUAUUAAAAGAAUUCUUUUUUAUAUAUUAAAUUAUAAAAAAAAAAAUUAUAUGAAAAAAUUACGAAUGAUUUUGUUUUGAUUUAUUUAAUAGUGAAAUAUAUAAUAGAUCAAUUAUAUUAAACUAUUACUAUUAAUAGUUUAAUAAUUUUUUUAAACAUAUUUGGAAUAUGCAGUAAUAAAGUAUUUUAUUUAUUAAUAGUGAACUAAUUAUAUGAUAUUUAAAAUAUAAAACUGCAAAUACAAUGGAGCAAUAUGAAGAAACUGAUAUUUCUAGCAUAACAAAUGCUAAAACUGAUAUUUCUCCUAAAUCAAAGCAAAAGAAAAAGUCUCUUUGUCGUAUGCUUAUGAAUAAAAAAACCAAAGUUGGAUGUUUAGAAACAUCUUACAAAAAUGGUAAUUCAAAUAAGAAUUCUAAACUGGAAAAUUCACAACAUGGAUCUCAUACUACAAAACUUUCAUUAUGCUGUGCAAUGACUGAACGCAGCAGAACACCGCCGCAAAGUUUAACUGUCAGUAGAUUAUCUCCCACUACUUUGAGUCAUACUUCUGUUAAAUCUGAAGUAGCUUCUGCUAAUGGGAAUUGUCAAACAAAUGCAAUGAUAGAAAAAGAAGAAAUUUACAUAGCAAAUUUACAUAAUACAUAUAAUGUCCAAGAAAAUAUAGAAAGAAAUAAUAUUUUUAUGGAUAAAGAUCGACAAAGUACAUUUAUUGAAGGAGAAAAUUCAUCUUCUGGAUCUAUUUCUCCAAAUGUUCCUGCAUAUUUAAGACAAAGACUAAUUCAUAGACGAUCUGUGGAUAAUUUAGUAGGAAAUUCACCAACAAAUUCUAUGAGGCAUUCAAGUCCAGAAUCUAUAAAAAGUGCACCUGUUCAACUAAAACCACGUUCCACAUCUCAUGAUGCUUUGUCCAAAAAAAAAGAACGUCAUCAAUCUCAAACAACUGGAGCAUCUAUGGAUAGUUUAGCAAAACAAGCAUUAUUAGCUGCUCAAGUUCUUAAUUUGAUUCCUACACAAAAAGCACGAGAAAGAAAUUUUCUUCAUGGAAGAAUUGCUGCAAAUUCAUUGCUUGGACCAGUAGAACUUGAAAAAGUAUUACCGAAUCGCGAAUUAAAAAUUUUUAUUGGAACAUGGAAUAUGAAUGGACAAAAUCCACCAAAAGAGUUAAACGAUUUUAUGUUACCUUCAGAUAUAGAAACUGUUCCAGAUUUAUUAGCAAUUGGAACACAAGAAUCUUGUUCUGAGCGAAGCGAAUGGGAAGCAGCUUUACAAGAAACUCUUGGUCCUUCUCAUGUAUUACUUUAUAGUACUAGUUUAGGAACAUUGCAUCUUGCACUUUUCUUAAGAAGAGAUUUAAUUUGGUUCUGUUCUAUUCCUGAAGAUGCUAGUUUCUCAACUAGGACAGGAACUGCUUUUAGAACAAAAGGAGCAGUAGCUAUAGCUUUAAUGUUAUUUGGUACAAGCUUUCUGUUUGUUACUGCACAUUUAACUGCACAUCAAGAUAAAGUUAAAGAAAGAGUAAAUGAUAUUAAAAGAAUAGUUAGAAAUCUUGAUCUUCCUAAAGAUUUACCUAUAAGACAUAAAAGCAAAGAUGUAACUCAAAAUUUUGAUUGCAUAUUUUGGUGUGGUGAUUUAAAUUUUCGAUUAGCACAACCACGAGAAGAAGUUAUUCAAUGGGUUACAGAUACAUGUUUUCCACAACAAUUACCUGUAAAUUUACACAAAGAUCAAUUACAAACAAUUCUUAAUGAAGGAGCAGUUUUACGUGGUUUUGAAGAAGCUCCAAUUACAUUUCCUCCUACAUAUAAAUAUGAUCCUGGAACACAAAAUUUUGAUUCAAGCAGUAAACAACGUACACCUGCAUACACUGAUAGAAUUCUCUUUAAAGGAAAAGGACAUACAAGAGGAUAUAUUAGAAGAGUUAGUCAUGAAAGCUCUAGUUCAUAUAAAGAUGGAAUUAUAGAAUGUUUGGUUUAUGAUUCUGUACCAAGUAUUUGUACUUCAGAUCAUAAACCUGUAUGGGGAGUUUUUAAAACAACUAUAAGACCUGGUAUUGAUACUAUACCUCUUGGUGGAGGUUUGUUUAAUCGUGAAAUAUAUUUAGAAGGUAUAAAAAGACGAGCAGCUGCUAUGGAUGAAUCUCAUGGAACUUCAAAAGUAUGUUUAAUUCAAUAAAUAUAAAUAAUAUAAAUUUCAUUAAAGAAAAAAUUUCAUAUUGAUAAAAUUUAUAUAAUAUGAGCAUUAUAUUCGUUUAUAAUUUUUUAAAGCCAAAAUGUGAGAUCACAAAUAUUGCAAUUCUUACAAUUAAUAUUACUUCUUUUUUUGUAUGCUCGAUAUAUGAUAAAUUUAUAACUGUUCAUAACUUUUUUAUAUGAAUAACAAAUACUGUUUUUUAGUGCAGUUUAUAGAAUACGCUGAUAUUGUACAAUGUGCACUUUGUAAUGUUUAAUCAAAAUAUAUUAGAAUUUCCAUUCUUAUAACUAGCAAUAAAAGUGCUAGAUGUUAUAUAUAUCAUUUUUAAAAAAUAUAUAUAAAGAAGAAAAAUAAAGCAGAAAUAAUCUAUUAUUUUAAAAUUUAAAAUAUUUAUAAAAGACAUCAUUUUUUUUACAGGUAUAUGUAAAUUUUAAUGUUAUUUUAUCAUUACGUUUAUAUAUGUCAUUUUAUUUAAAAAAUUUAAAAAAUAUAAAAAUAUUCAAAAAUUUAAGAAACAUAAAUACUAUAAUAAUCAUUUUUAUUUAAAAAAAUUAUAUUUUUGAAUAUUUUUUCUAAGUAAAUAAUUUACAUAAAAAAUAUAAGGUCUAAAAUGUAAUGUAAGUUACAAAAAUAUAUUAAUAAUAUUAAUAUUAAAAUUAUGAAAUUCUUAAAAAUUAUGUAUUUUUUAUUUUUGUACUUAUGUCAAUAUCAUGCAAUUAUUUAUAGUAAAAUUAAUGUUAAAUUUUAUUGAAAUGAACAUCUGAUAUAUAUUUACUUAUUUUCAUUAUAUUUAUUCAAUUCCAAUCAUUUAUAUAUAUAAGAACAUAUUAAAGAUUGGUAGUUCCAGUACUAUAAUAUAUAUUUUUUAUAUUUUGAAAUAUUAAUUUUAUAAUUAAUUUUUGGGGCCAUCCAUUAUAUUCAAUGUAAAAAUUUUCGAAAUUUCCAUUUUUUAAUAAUUAAAUUAUUUAUAUAAUAAAUUUUAUUUCAUAAUUAAAUUUGAAAAAGAAAUUUGUUUUUUUUAUUACUAUAAUUAUUUAAAUAUAAUAAUAAAAUUUAAUUAAUUUUAUUCUAAAUAUUUUAAAAAAUUGAUAACAGUAUUAUAUGAAAACUUAAAAAUAUUAUAUUGUCAAAUAUUAUAGUCAAAAUAAAAAAAUUAUAUAACUUGUUCA